AUGAAAACGGCAACUGGCAUUCAGGCUGCCCGAGCCGCUGAUUUUCUGGAAAAGGUCGUUCAGGGCAGAUUCCAGCCCGAAAUUCUUGAGGGUGGGGGGCAUCAGGCUAUGCGAUAUAUUCCGGAUCAGCUGGAUGGUAUCGUCUAUAAUCUGUUUGGCGUUGUAAAUGCUCUGCAGCUGGCUGGCUUUGUCCAUGUUUACCAGGUUCUCGUUCAGGUAGAGACGGGCGGUAGCCAGCAGGGGGCCGGCAUCAUCGUGCAGGUCGGCCGCCAGGCGCUGGCGUUCUUCUUCCUGCAGGCGUAUGGAGGCAUUCAGCAGCAUGCGCUGCUGGUCCUGCUCCAUGCGCUGGAUGGUAUCAGGAUGGCCCUGAAAAACAAGGAGUACCUGAAAAUUCUAUGGGAGGCCGAAGACGGUAAGGACCUGAUGCACAAAAUGCAGAUAAAGAAGCCCGACGUGCUGCUGAUGGAUAUCCGUAUGCCUGAGAUUGAUGGUAUUAAUGCCAUUCCAUUGCUGCGCAAGGAAUACGAGGAUGUAAAAAUCAUAGUACUCACCAUGUACGAUGACCAGGAAAUGAUCAGCAAGAUGAUGGAAAUGGGGGCCAAUGCCUAUCUUACCAAGACCACUGACCCGGAGGAGAUAUACCAGGCUAUUCUCGCCUGUAUGAACGAUGAUUUCUAUUUUAAUGAGCUGGUAAACAAGGCGGUGCUGUCUAAACUGCAGACCAAGCGGCAGGUGCGGCAGUUCUACCCCAAUCCCGUAAAAUUUUCUGAGAAGGAAGUAAGGAUCCUGAAAUUGCUGGCGGAGGACAAAACCACGGAAGAAAUCUCCAAAGAAGUAUUCCUUAGUCCCCGUACGGUGGAAACCAUCCGCCAGAACAUGAAAACCAAGUUCAUUUAUCAGUUCACUGCCAUUGCCCACUUCCAGCACCACCUCGCAGUUGUCGAAACUGUUAAUCAGCCUGGCCAGGGCAUUGCGCAGCAAUACAUGGUCGUCUGCCAAUGCUAUUUUAACCAGCCCAUCAAAGUUGCUAUUGCCGACGACCAUGCGCUUUUCCGCGCGGGCGUAAAAACCGCAUUGGCAGUGCGUAAAGACAUAGAAAUGAUUGCCGAAGCGGAUAACGGCAUGCAACUGCUUAACCUGCUGAAGCAUGUGGAGCCGGAUGUUAUCCUGCUGGAUAUACAGAUGCCCCUUAUGGACGGCAUUACCACCCUACCCGAAAUCAGGAAGCUCUACCCGGAUAUCAAGGUAAUUAUACUGUCCAUGCACAACGACCACUCCAUGAUCUCCAAGUUGAUGGAAGUGGGCGCCAAUUCUUACCUCACCAAGAAUUCUGACAGCGAAACCAUCUAUCAGGCCAUUAAAACCUGUUUUGAACAGGAGUUUUACUUUAAUGAGCUUACCAAUAAAGCCCUGCUUUCCGGCCUCCGUACCAAGAAAGUAGAUCAUACACCGGAAGAUGUACAGCUGAACGAUAAAGAACUGCGCAUCCUGAAACUGAUGUGCGAGGAAAAAACCACCAAGGAAAUCGCUGAUAUCGUGGACAUCAGCCCCCGCACCGUGGAAGCCAUCAGGGACAAGCUGAAAACCAAAACCGGCGCCAAAAGCAUGGCCGGCCUGAAUGACGCCAUUUAUACCCCCUCCCUCCAGGAAGGCUGUGUAGAAGGCGUUAUGCGCAGAUUCCUCAUAGAAAACCUGCCGCUGCAUGGUUUCCGCGUAGAAGAAGCCAAUAUCACCCCGGAAGACCUGCUGGCGGCAGAUGAGGUGCGAGAUCUCCGCUUAGACGAUAAUGCUGCCCUCUACCAUGCACUGAAAGACAAUCAGCCCGUAGUUCCUGUUUUCAUUUUUGAUAAGUACAUACUGGAUGAGCUGGAGGAAAAAGCCGAUCGCAGGGUGGAAUUCAUUCAUGCGGCAUUGGAGGAAAUACAGGAACAGUUAACGGCUUCAGGCAGCAGUCUUGAAGUAUAUUACGGUUUCCCUGCCGAUGUAUAUAAACAGUUGCUGAAAAAAUACAAAAUAGAAAAGGUGUUUACCAAUGGCGACUAUGAGCCCUAUGCCAUACAACGCGAUAACGCCAUCCAGCAAUUGCUGGCUGCACACGGCGCUUCCCUGCACAGCUACAAAGACCAGGUUAUUUUUGAAAAAGACGAAGUGGUAAAAGAUGACGGCAAGCCUUACACGCAGGUGGGAAAAGGCAAAGCGUUUAAGCCGGAGUAUGAUUUGAUUCAAUGGCGGAAUAAUGAAAAAGAAUUUGAUUGCUGGUGCAGGGGUAUGACGGGCUACCCGAUUGUUGAUGCAGGCAUGCGCGAGCUAAAUGAAACGGGUUUCAUGCACAACCGCGUAAGAAUGAUUACUGCUUCCUUCCUGGCCAAGCACCUGCUGAUUGACUGGCGCUGGGGCGAAGCCUAUUUUGCGCAGAAACUGCUGGACUAUGAUUUUGCUGCCAACAAUGGCGGCUGGCAAUGGGCCGCCGGCAGCGGUUGCGAUGCUGCACCUUAUUUCCGUAUUUUUAGUCCGGCCCGCCAGACAGAGAAUUUCGACAAGCAAUUAAAAUACGUCCGCAUAAGUUGUCAACCCGCUGCAACUUUGCUGGUACUGUCUCUGUGGUUAACUUCCAAAAUGCUAACUUUGCGGAAAUUUUUACCGGCGAUGGUGUACCUCACAAGAGUGGAGCAUUUUAAUGCAGCGCAUAAAUUAUUUAACCCGGAAUGGACAGUAGCGGAAAAUGAAGCUGUUUUUGGCAAAUGCGCCAACGAGAACUGGCAUGGGCAUAACUAUGAACUAUAUGUAACCAUUAAAGGUGAACCUGAUGCCAAUACUGGUUUUUUGUUCGACGUAAAAAAACUGAGUAUUAUCAUUAAAGACCAUGUGCUGGAAUUACUGGACCACAAAAACCUGAACCUGGAUGUUGCUUUUAUGCAUGGUAAAAUGUGUUCUACUGAGAACCUGGCCAUUGGAAUCUGGAACCAGCUGGUGCCGGAACUUCCGCCGGCAGUUACCCUUCAUUGCAUUAAAUUGUAUGAGACCGACCGCAUUUAUGUAGAGUAUUUCGGCAAUGCAGGUAUGGGUAACAAAGUAGCCGUAUACAGGAAAGAGCAUUUUAAUGCCGCACACCGUUUAAAUAACCCUGACUGGGAUGCAGACAAGAACAGGCUUGUUUUUGGGAAGUGCAACCUGCCCAAUUACCAUGGACACAACUACGACCUGGUAGUAAAACUAACCGGGGAACCGGAUCCGGUAACCGGGUUUGUAAUGGAUCUGAAACUGCUGAGCGACCUGAUACAGGAAAACGUAUUGCUGAAAUUUGAUCAUAAAAACCUUAACCUGGAUACAGAAGAGUUUCGGGAGCUGAACCCUACGGCAGAAAAUAUUGCUAUUGUGAUUUAUAACCUCUUACGUCCUCAUAUUGAUAGCGCUGUUGAUUUGCAGAUGCCGUAUAAAAAAACAGAUCAGUAUGAUGAAAAUGUGACCAGGCUAUUAUCGGAAAAUUAUAAGAAUACCAUUACAUUACUGGGCGAGGACGCCGAAAGGGAAGGUCUGCAGAAAACACCGGAGAGGGUGGCCAAAGCCAUGCAGUUUCUUACACAGGGCUACCAGAUGGAUGCCAAAGCCAUACUGGAGUCGGCUAAAUUUCAUGAAGAUAUAAGUGAAAUGGUGAUUGUAAAAGACAUAGAACUGUACAGUAUGUGCGAACAUCAUAUGCUGCCGUUUUAUGGAAAAGCACAUGUGGCAUAUAUUCCCAAUGGAUACAUUACCGGGCUCAGCAAAAUCGCGAGGGUAGUAGAUGUCUACUCCCGGCGACUGCAGGUACAGGAAAGACUUACACACCAGAUUAUGGAGGUGAUAAAGGACACACUUAAUCCUCACGGUGUAGCCGUGGUGGUGGAAGCAUCACAUUUAUGUAUGAUGAUGCGUGGUGUGCAGAAACAAAAUUCUGUUACUACAACAUCCGCGUUUUGCGAUAAACCUUUUAUAUUUGGACAUCAAUCUGAUGAUAUGAAACAUGCUUUUGUAUUUCCCGGCCAGGGUUCACAGUUUCCGGGAAUGGGUAAAGAACAUUAUAACAACAAUGCCUUUGCAAAAAAACUGUUUGAACAGGCCAAUGAGCUGCUGAAGUUCAGGAUUUCUGAUAUUAUGUUUACAGGCACAGAAGAAGACCUGAAACAAACCGACGUAACGCAGCCUGCUGUUUUUUUACAUUCUGUUAUAGCCUAUAAAAGCAUUGAUGCGGCCAAGCCCGAUAUGGUAGCCGGUCAUUCUUUGGGAGAAUUUUCUGCACUGGUGGCCAAUGGAACACUCAGUUUUGAAGACGGGCUCCAGUUAGUAAGUAUACGCGCUAAAGCCAUGCAGAAAGCAUGUGAACUAACACCCUCUACCAUGGCGGCUGUGCUGGCAUUGGCAGACGAUAAAGUGGAGGAGGUAUGUGCCGCCGUGCAGAAAGAAACAGGGGAAGUAGUAGUACCUGCUAAUUUUAACUGUCCGGGCCAGCUGGUCAUCAGCGGCAGCCUGAAAGGGAUAGAGAUUGCCUGUGAGCGUAUGAAAGCAGCCGGCGCUAAAAGAGCUUUGGUAUUACCGGUAGGAGGUGCUUUUCAUUCACCACUGAUGGAGCCGGCAAAAGAAGAACUGAGAGCCGCCAUCGAAAAAACAACUUUCCACCAACCCACAGCACAUGUAUACCAGAAUGUGGCAGCAAAGGCAGUGUUUGACCGGGAGGAAAUUAAGCAAAACCUCAUAGACCAGUUAACCGGUGCCGUACGCUGGACACAAAGCGUGCAGGCGAUGAUCAAAGAAGGCGCUACCAGGUUUACCGAG